AUCCCCCCUAUCUAACAGCUCUCUCCCUCCCUCUCUCUCUCUCUCUCUCUCUCCAAAAUGGCUACAAUCCUGAGAAUUCCACCCCUCUUUUUGCCACAAUCAGUCCACCUAAACAGCAAAUCCAUACAAACCCAAAGGCCUUCGAUCCUAUCUUUCAACCCCAUCUCUAUCAAACCUUCAAAAAUAAGGCCCUCUCAUAUCAUAUACAAAUCUCUUAUACACCCAACGUUUGUGCCAUUCGCUGCCUAUGGAGGAGAGGCUAUAGAGACUGAUGAGGCUGCAGAGGCAGAAACCCAGGAAAGCACGGCUGAUGAAGGCGCUGUUGAGAAUGGUGCAAAUGAUGGGAGCAUUGUUGAGGAGGAAGAGAAAACGACUUCGGUCGUAAUGGAAUCACUGCAGGCAUUCAAAGAAGCUUUAGCAAAUGGUGACAAAUCCAUGGUUGCUGAGAUAGAGUCCUUUCUUCUAUCGAUCGAAGUCGAGAAGAAAUCUCUUGAGAGCAAAGUUGCUGCUUUAUCUCAGGAGCUGUCAUCAGAAAGGGAUAGGGUUAUUAGGAUCAGUGCUGACUUUGAUAAUUUUAGGAAAAGGACUGAAAGAGAACGACUUUCACUGGUGACCAACGUGCAAGGAGAAGUGGUAGAGAGUCUGUUGCCUGUGUUGGACAACUUUGAAAGAGCGAAAACACAGAUCAAGGUAGAGACAGAAGGAGAAGAGAAAAUCAAUAACAGCUAUCAGAGCAUAUAUAAACAGUUUGUUGAGAUUCUGACUUCAUUAGGUGUUGUCACUGUGGAGACUGUUGGGAAUCCGUUCGAUCCAUUGCUGCACGAGGCAAUCAUGAGAGAGGACUCUACUGAGUUUGAAGAAGGCAUUAUACUUCAAGAAUUCCGCAAGGGGUUCAAACUUGGAGACAGGCUCUUGCGCCCGUCGAUGGUGAAAGUAUCAGCUGGUCCGGGGCCUGCGAAGCCCGAAGAAACUGCCCCACCUGGUGACACUGAGGGCGGCGGCGGCGGCGGCGAGACGAGCAAAGGCAGCAGUGCUGAAGAACAAGGAGAGUCUGUUUCUUAAUUCUUAUAUUCAAUUUUGUAAAAGCAGUUGAGCAUCAAAGGUUUUACUGUGGUAGUGUUUAGUUGUGUCUGUUCAUGGGGAGCUCUGAUUUCACCCACUAUGAAGUUUUACUGUUGUAGUCUUUAUUUGAGAGGGAAUGAAAUUGGUUGGAAGAGAUA